CCGCCUUUAUUCUGCGCAUGCGUCAGUUCGUGCUGGACUCUGGAGUACUGAGCGUUGCGGCGCGGCGUCGUGGCUGCACUUGUGACGACAUGGCGACAAAGUAUCAUGUUGUUACGUUCGUAAAUUCUAAAAGUGAGAAUGAAACUAAGUAUGCCUUCGUGCCGGAAUCGUGGGUGAAAGUUCAUCGUCUGACGGAUAACACGGCUGUGAUCGUUUACCCCAGCGAGGACUCAUCGAUUGAAGAGCGAGUUAGGAAGAAUGAGAUACCAGCGGCGGACUGGAAGCGGCAUUUGUGCGAGAUUGUAUCUAGUACUAAUGAUGUCAACGAAGCAGUUCUUUCCACGUUGCGGUACACAAGCCUAGGAUCAGCCUCAGUAAAUAAAGGUGUCAAAGCGAAUAAACAUAAAUCAAACACUAUAGACUUGAAUAAGGAACUGUCGAGCAGUAAGAAGCCUCGUAUCACAUCUCAAGUUCAAAACAAUAGAACACCAAGCGAAGGACCCAUGGGAUCUUCUACACCUAUAGCUAAAAAUAAUACAACCAAUACUGAAAAAAAUGUACACGAAAAUACAAGUUUAAUAAAAUCACUUGCAUUUUCUAACCCUAAAAAUAAUAAGAACCCGCAAAAUGAAAUUAUAUCCAAUGAAAAAGAAGACACUACACCAUAUUUAGUAAAGUCUUCAUAUUCUGAUAACAAAAAACAUGAAAAUAAUAUACCAAAAUCAAUACUAAAGUCUCCCGAAAUAGUUUCUACGCCUCAAACUAAGGAAAGUACACUAAAUCAAGAUAAUACAUUUAGUGGAGUAAAGCGUAAAGUCCAAUUUGAAAUGGAUAAAAAUACGCAACAAUCACAAGAACCCACUCAAUUUUUUAUGCCUCAAGUUAAUGAUGGAGUUAUCGAUAAUCGACACAAUUUAACUAAAGACGACUAUAGCUUAGUUAUGAUUAAAAAAUGACGAACAAAAUAAUAAGGCACUGUCUUCAAAAGAAUCCAUUGAUUUUUCAGCAGUUGACAAUUGUACAAAAGAUGAAUUAGUGAAAAAUCUAAAUAAGCCACCAAUUUUCAAUGCAUCUAGAUUGUCAGCUGAUAAAUUUGUAAAACCAAAUACGCAAAGUGAACCUGCUGAUGAACGCAUCAUUGAUGAUGCUCAACGUCCAACAAAUGAUGAAUUUUCGAUGACGAAAUAUAUCGAAAUACACGAAAAUACUUUACCAAAAUCAACUGGAUCUGCUCAUGUCAUUGAAAACAACCAAACGAAUAUCAUCGAAGGAAAUAAAAAGCGCAAAUUCUUGGAAAAAAUUGGCUCUAUCAUCUAUGAAAUGCAAAAGGGGACGAUUGAAAUUAUAAAUGCAAUGAAUGAUUACACAUCGAAACAUUUAGAUAUUGCCAUCAACGCAUUGAAACAACCAAAUAUUGGCAAUAAACCUGAGCAAAACAAGGAACACAGGAUACCUACUUUAAAUCAUUAACAUUCAGGCCUAGGACUUAUAGAUGCCAUGGAAAAUAGCAAGGUCUAACUCAACCAGGCAGGACUUCAUCACGUUUACGGCAAAGAAUUUUGGGUUAAGGGAAUUUAUUUACUCAUUAAAGACAAAUUGUCCACUCAGAAUGAAGUUACUUAAAAACUAUGGUUAGCUCAAUCAAUCUUUACAUGCAUUUAAAAUAUUUCUUCCGUUGCAAAUUUUCUUAGCCUUGUUUUAAAUAUCUUCUUUGAGUUACUUUCUUUUAUAUUGUUUGGAAGACUUUUGUAUAAUAGGGUAUUUAGUGUAUGUGAGAUAAAUUCCAAUAAUACAUAAAUAAGACAGUUUAAUCAAAAAGAAAUCGGAAAAUAGUAGUUUCAGUUCAUAAAAUUAUAAAAUAUUUUUUUAAAUUCAAUUCAAAGUUUUGAGUUUUUUAAUCUGUUUUACAAAUAUGCGAAACGAGUGCCGCCACGACAUGACGUCAUUAAGGCGGUAAACUACUUGUUCGCACUUGAAUCCACAUUUUUUUGGGGUUUUUACACUACUAUUCUUACAUUCAGGAACAACACACCAAUGAGAAGAAUAGUAGCUCAUUUUAAUUGUAAUAAUUUCCUCUUUCUCUUUGCACGACAUUCUUACUUGAUGUUUACUGUCGAGAUUACGUCAGCAAAGUAGACUGUAGAGUUUUCGUUUAUUUACGCGGGAAAAUUUAAAAUGUAAUAUUUAAAUGUAUUUUAAUGCCACUUAUUGAUUGAAUUUUUUUUAUAAAUUUCUAGUGGUAUUUUAUCACCUUAAGAUUAAUUUUAGUCACUUUUCAAAAAAGAGUGUAAUUGCCUAUUACGCACCCUCACACAUUAUAUUUUUCUACCCGUAAUUGCUGGUCCUGUGAUGUCUUAAUUUAAUUUUGUUAACAAACUAUGAUGGAAUGUUGUCAUUGUAAAUUUAAUGUCCGAUGGUAUUUUAAAACUUAAUAUUUUACUUAUUAGAAUACAGAUUGUGUAUGUAUACAGUUGUUUUGUUAAAUAUAUUGGUUUAAUACAGGGUA